CAAUCGAGUAACGCUCUACGCCACGUCCUUCCGAUGCCAAGCACUUCGAAGGCAGCGUCGGCAGCAAAGACGUCCGAGGCUGCUGGUGCGUCGACUGAGGCUCCGGAUGAAGAGGCCGCAAAGGCAGAACUUGCCGCCGUGGAAGCCCAAGACGAAGACGACGAUGACGAGAGCGACACGAACGAAGAAGACACGGGUUUGACUGAGAACCAGAAUCGGUUGCUGUACCUCAUCUCGCUGUACACGAAACCCGCCAUCUUGUCAACGGACAAGGAAGAGUGGAUUCGGAAGCCGGCGUUGCUGGUGUUGCUCUACGAAGCGAUCGUGUCCCAAGCCGUCGACUACGACUACGCGCCGGCGUCGGAACUGAUCGAGAACAAGCGCAAGUACUUUAAUAUUUCCCAGGAAGGCAAGUCGGAUCUGGACUUUCUCCGCGAAGAAGAGCUGCUCAACGGGUUAAAGCUCGCGUCCAAGACGUACCAGCCCGUCACGUGCUACCAAAUCUCGGAGAAAGGCCAGGAACUCGUGGCAAAGCUGGGAAAGGCCGACAAGAGCCCCAUCCACGACAUGGCGUACGCGCCAGGCACGCGCAACCUCCUUCGAGUCGACUGGGACGGGCACGAGUACUGGCUCGUGGACGCAGACAGCGGGUACCGCCGCGUGUCGUCUGUGACAGAGACUGAAACCGUGUCGUACGUGUCGAGUGCGUACGUGCCCCAGUGUCUGCGACGUGGUGGCCGACCGACCCUCAGCAACGCCCACCGCGCGCACGAGUGCGGACUGAGCGACUCGACCAUCAAGGACCAGCUGGACGAAAUCAUCUCACUCAAUUCUGUGUCUCUGAUCGUAUCCGAGUUCAUUCCAUUUGGUGCCAACCAGCUUGUGCAGCUCAACUGCAACCUCGGGUCCACGGAACGUGUCCAGGGCGGGUUCUUUACGUCGUUGGUGGACACCAACUCGACGGGGACGCAGAUCGCGGUGGAGCCAGGCCUGACGUCGGUGAAUAUCCUGGACUUUGCCCUGACCAAUCACGUGAACUUUGAAGCUGACAUCCACUACCCCGAAGCCCCCGGUGUCGUCCAAGUCGAAACAUUCGGGUGCUCCCUCACAGCUACUGGCUCGUGCUUUUACGGGAUGCAGGUCGAAGCCAUCAUGGAUCGCAUUAAGGACAACAUUUCCCUGGAUCAUCUCUCGCGGCUUCUCGUGGACGUGCAGAAAGACUCGUCGCAGAUCGUCGACUCUGUUCUAAGUGCAUACCAGCGCAGUCUCCUGGGUCUAGUGUUUAUGAACCAAGACUCGAACCGAGACAAGAUCAACCUGAUCAUCGCCAACGAGAUCACGCCGCACUUGACAGCCGAAGAGUACAUGGACAAGGGCGAGUACGAGAACGAGCUCAAGCAAGUGAUCGGCGAUACCCGCGCCGCAUUUGACAUAUCCGAGCACGACACGCUCAUCUUUGGGGCGUUCGGACUGCUCAUCGCCGGCCCCAACUCGCGCCACCACGAGCCCCUCCUCUGCUCGUUCCUGGAGUACGAAAGCAUGAACCUAUUCACGCAAAACUUCUUCGCGCGGCUAUUCAUUGUCGUCGACGACAUGAAGACCGUCAGGGGUAUGAUUGAGGUGGCUGAACGAGACCCGAACCGCCUCGCCGAUAUCCGCCGCCGCCUUGCCGUGCUCUCCAAGGAAGUGAUUCUGCUUGAAGAAACCCUCGGGUUCCUAAGAGAGUCGUUGGACGAGGCGGAAAUCCCCCCCGAACCGCCCGAGCAGGCCGGACGCAGCUUGUACGAACGACUGCAGCUGGGGAGUUUGAGUUCGCAAUUGAAGCGCCGAGUGAAAGACUUGGGGAAGAAAAUGGAUGGCGCAAGGCACGAGUUGGUCGUGUUGAAUGAGAUGAGCUCCAUCUUCAGCGAAGAACGCAUCUACAAGCAGCAAGAGGCCAUCCGAUUCCAAACCAGAAGCCUCUGCGAGCUCCAGGCCAUCAACGAGCGGUCGGCCGCCACUUUGCAGCUGAUUCAAGUCGUCUUGUCUGGGUCUCUCGCCUUUCAAAUCCUGCACCAACUCACUGGCGACUGGUCCCUUCUCAAUCAAAACUGGGCCAAAGCCUUCCUCAACCCCCUCGUGCUAGACAGCCCCGGCUUGUGGUUUAUCCUGAGUUUGCUGUUUUGGGCGGCGUUGGCUGGGGGACUUGUGUACGUGCUCAAGACGUUCAUCUACCGAUCUCAAGGGGUUGUGACCAUCCGACUCACACGGCAAGUGCCAAUUGAUAUGAAGAACCUGGCCACGUAUAUCCGGACCAAAAAUAUAUCGGACGAAUCCCACGUGUACGACGGUAAUGUCAAAGUGGCCAAAGUCAUGUGGCACGAACUGUUUAAAAAGGAAUGGGGCGGCGCCGUCCCCACGGUUCAGCUCGAGUACGACGAAGAGAAUGCGUUCAUGCUGCAGAUUGUGAUUUCGUACCGCCGUCGCCAAGCCAACAAGCAGCUGGCGUUCAACGCCGACGAAUUGUACACUCGACUCAUGCAGGAACUGGACGCAGCCAAAAUCUUUACCACACCAGAAGCACCACCCCCACAAACAAAACAGUCGUAACGUCGUCCCAAAUCCGUCCAAAAGCGAACCGUCUGUAUAGCGUUAAGGGUCAUUUUGUAUUACGGACACACUCUGGGAUUUAAGAUGAAGCCAUGGUCAAUCGAGCUAGCAGCAGCCGUGUCGUGGUACUUGUAGCGUCUUGGCAAGUCACAAGCGUUGGCUAGUCAAGACAAAAAUAUAAAAAAAAGAUGUAAAGAAACAGAUAUAUGGAGAUGGCA